AUGUAGUUUUGCAACAGCUGGAGGCACAUUGGUUGGGAAACACUGCAAGAAAAGAAACAACCUGGACACUGACUGGUCAACGGUCAUAUCGUGCCCAGCCUGGCAUUACCCACUGCUGACCAGUAUGUGACUCAGUAACCUGUUACACUAUCAGGUAAUAGAUAGAUAAGCAGAACUACAACAGAGAGGUCAAAGCACAAUCUACUUCCGGUUCACGCCACUGCUGCCGUCCCCACUUCCGUCUUCAGCGUACGUCACGAGUGCCUGCACGUAAGGCGGUUCAGACUUCCUGUCGCCUCCUGUAAGAUGGCGUCACUCAGUAGAAGAGUCUUGUGGAGUUUCUUCCACCUCGUCAGACAAUCCAGCCCCAUAUUCUACAGAAGACGCGUCCUGAGUAUCUUUAAAGGUUCAUGGCGCCAAGUACUGUCAGUGGGAUUUGGGGCAAGUCUUUGCGCUAUUCCCGUAGGACAGGCUGUGUACACACUUAUAUCCCUACAGAAGAAAUUCACAUCCCUUCUGGAUAAGAUGAACUCAAGUGAAGAAAGUGCAAUUUGGCAGGUGAUCAUUGGAGCACGAGUGCAGAUGAAAAAGCUGGAAGAAGAAUACCUAAAGUAUGAGGCCAGUUGGGCACGUGCUGUCAGUCUUUCAGAGAUGGCAGCAGAAGCUGCUUACCAUGCUGGUGCAGACCAAGUCGCUAUUACUGUGAGAAAUCACAUACAGUUGGUACAGAUUCAAAUCCAAGAGACCCGUGAGCUUGUGCUAAAAGCCGAGGCUCUGCUGGCUGCCUCUCAGUCCGAGGAAAUAUUGAAGACCAUUACAGAAGACAAAAACAAUCCACCUGAUGGAGGUACUCCAGUAAUCGAUUCUCCUGAGGAAGUCCCGGAAGCCUACAUGAGGGAAGACUGAACCAUUUGCCUCUCAUUUACAAUUUGCACAAACUACUAACUGUACAGUACUACUGAUGUACUAAUAGUGAUGGCAGAGUCGACGCUGGAAUCCCUGCCUUAAAAAUAUCAAAUAUCUGCCUCAAAAAUCACACCCUGUGCUGUCAUGUAUAUGUGGGAAAAGUCCCUGGAAUAAUGUGGCGUGUCCCUUGGUGCUGAAGCUAUCAAUAUAAAACAAAAGGAAAACAAUGACAGCUUGCUUCCUUCUCAUGUUCUUGUGUUAAGUAGUUCCCCAUAUAUACACUGACUGCCACAAACUGUGGGUGCAAUUUAUCAAAGAGAAUGAGGGCACCCCCAAUAACUACUAUGGUACAGUAUUGUGUUCAUUCUUUACACACACCUCAUCUAGCAGACUACGGAUUCUAUGAAAUGAUGAGCAGACAAGCACUUAAAGGGGUGUUCAGGGACAUGUGCAAAAAACAAACAAA